AGUCCUGCUUAGUUUCCACGCGCACGGCGCUUCUAUGAUCUAUCGUCUCUCGUGACUCGUCUCCUUGUGUGGGUUGAAUUAGGGUUUUCUCAAUUUUCUCUCUCUCCUCGAUUCGAAGCUCGUCGAAGAAGAAGAAGCAGUAACCAUGUCUGACGAAGAGCAUCAGUUCGAAUCAAAGGCUGAUUCUGGAGCCUCUAAGACCUUCCCACAGCAAGCUGGUACUAUUCGCAAGAACGGUUACAUCGUCAUCAAGAAUCGCCCUUGCAAGGUUGUUGAAGUUUCCACUUCUAAGACUGGCAAGCACGGCCAUGCUAAGUGUAACUUUGUUGGUAUUGACAUCUUCACUGGAAAGAAGCUCGAAGAUAUUGUUCCUUCGUCCCAUAACUGUGAUGUUCCCCAUGUCAAUCGUACUGAUUACCAGCUCAUUGACAUAGCUGAGGAUGAUUUUGUUAGCUUGCUGACUGAGACUGGAGACACCAAGGAUGACCUGAAGCUGCCAUCUGAUGAAGCUCUGCUAAAACAGCUCAAGGAGGGAUUUGCGGAUGGGAAAGAUCUGAUUGUGAGCGUGCAGAGUGCUAUGGGAGAAGAACAAAUUUGUGGUGUCAAGGAUAUUGGUGGUGGAUCCAAGUAGGCAGUAGCUGAUUUCUAAUGAACCUGCAAUAUAUGCUAUAUUAGCUUUACUGUGAUUUAAUGUGUGAGAAUAUAUGCUGGAAAUGACUUCUAUCAUGGGGCUUCAUGUUAGCUCUUUUGUCAUGGUUGCUCUCUUUUUGGACGAUCCAUCAUCGAAUUUCACGUGCUGUUUCCUUUAAAUUAUGUAUUGAGAUUUGAUGCUUUGAAAUGGAGAUAGACUUAUAUAUGA